AUUACAUUUUUCAGAGAUGAGUGUUCUUCACUUCUGAUUGAGUGCACAUAAUGCACCACCAUACUUUCAAAUAGUCUCCAAGUAGCUCCCUGCAUUUCAGUGGUCGCCUGUGACUUAACUUAAGAUACAGAAUAUGGAUGAAUUCAAAAAAUCUGCAAAGAUUACCCACUCAUUGAAUGUACUUACAUCAUUCAAUGAACUAAAACAAUCUGACUGCAUUUGUAACUUUACAAUCCAAGUUGGUGACAAAUCUUUCAAAGUCCAUCGAGAUCUGCUUGGCGCAGUAUCAAAGUACUUCAAAGGCAUGUUUUCAAGUAACAUGGUUGAGGCUCGGAAUGGUUUUGUUAUUAUGAAAGACAUCUGUGCUGAUGCUGUAGGGCAGUGUGUAGAUUUCAUGUAUACUGGUGAAGCAAAUCCAUCCAUGGAAUCUGUUGAAAAUACUUUGUAUGCUUCCCACUUAAUGCAGCUUGAUGUAUUAUCGAGUAUAUGCUUUAAUUUCAUGGAAAAUAAUCUGUCAGUGCAGCAUUGCCUUCUAGUGGGCAGGUUGGCAAGGCUUUAUGAUCGAACAGAGCUAGAAACCAUUGCUGAGCGAUUUAUUGUGGAUAAUUUUGAAUCUCUGAUUUUGGGUGAAGAUUUUCUACAUCUGAGCAAAGAAGAACUCGUAUUUUAUCUACAAAAGUUGGAUAAAAAGCAUGAAGUAGUUUGGCAUGGUGUGAGAAGAUGGAUUUCAAACAAAGGUGAAAAGAUUGGAUCAGAAUUGAUGGAGACUUUGCAUUUUGGAGAGUUUCCCUAUAAGUUUUUGCUCACAGAUCUGCUAACUGAUUCUUUGGUCAAAAGUUCUUCAGAUGCGAAAAGUUUUGUCGUCAAAAUAUUGCUUUCGAAUAUCGAUGGGUUGAAAGAAAAUUUGUCUCUCGACACUUUAUUUAUUUUGAGGAAGAUUAAUCGGAUUGAAAACAAAGUUUGCUCAGAGAAUGUCAAAAAUAUAAUCAAUAAAUUUAUGGCUCAGAAUUUUGAACAGAUUGUACUGAUGGAUGAAUUUAUCGAGUUGGAAAAAGAUGAAAUUUUUUUCUUGUUCAAAUCUCUGGAAACAAAAUAUUCUUCAGAGAAAAUUAAAUGGGAAGCUGCAUUGAAAUGGGCCAAACAAAUUCGUCGUCAUCAGAAAUUAUUUCCAGACUUGUUUGAGCUGAUUAAACUUCAGGAUUUUUCUGGGGAUUUUAUUCGGCAAACGGUCAGAAAUGAACCUUUAGUUGAAGAGUCACAUAAGUGUAAAGAUUUAUUGCUUGAUGUUCUCUGUGCCAGAGCUGAGGUUAAAAAAUAUGUUCCACAUAUUGCUGUCUCAUCAGAUACUGGUAUAAAGACUCUGAAUCUCCAAACAAAUCAAUGGUCUAGUUUGCAGUCGAAUUAUGAUGUUGGCGUUCAUCUUGUCAAUGUUGAGGGACGAUUGUAUGCUUCAGACGGGUGUGAAUUGUCUUUGCUACAAAAUGGUCGAUGGAUUAAGAAGUCCAAGAUUGAAAGGAAGAAAGAUGACUGGGAUAAGAUGAUUUAUCUUAAGGGUAGGAUUUAUAUUAUGAACUGUGAUCAGCAUACAGUGCAAUAUGACAUCGCCAAAGACAGAUGGGAUAAGACUUUGCCUUUAUGUUGUCUUGGUCCAGGUUUUCAUGUUGCUGCCUCUGAUGGGUUUAUAUAUGCGAUGGGAGGUGGGUCAACAUGGAGAGAAGCAAAAGUAUACGAUCCUGGAACAAACAAAUGGUCUUCCCUGCCACAGAUGAUUUAUGGAACAGCAGGUGGAGCAGCAGCCGUUUUUCAAAGUAUGGUUUAUUUACUGGGGGGUAUUGAUGGGGAGCACUUUCACAACCUUGUUCAAUGCUAUAACCCUGUUGUACGCGCAUGGACAGAAAUUGUAAAAAUGAAGAUGAAUAGAAGUUAUUCCAGUGCAUGUGUUGUUGACAAUAAAAUGUAUGCAGUGGGUGGGGCUGAAGUUAAAGGCCUGACUAAGGAUUCUAUUGAAACAUUCAGUGAGCAAACUGGUGAAUGGGAAAUAGUCUGUGAAAUGGAUCGACCUAAGUUAGAUUGGGUUCAUUGCUGUAGCUUUGCUCGAUAGAUGUUCAAUGAAUGAUAAAAGUUGAUGACGAGGAAAUAUUCUUGCUUUAUGUAAAUACUGACUGUAUUAACUAUUGGGUCAUUGCCUGGUGUUGAUUUAUCUUCAAUGAUAGAUGUUCGAAUAUUCUAGCUGUGUCACUCACAAUAAUUUCUCAUUUCAUCCAUUCUAUAGUUCAUGUUUUCAAUUCAUUAAAUCCACAUGCCAGACGAGAUUUGGUAUAUGGCCGUAGUUUGCCCAAUGAUUAAGCCGUCUCAUUGGCUUUCUUCUCCCCCAGGAUAAAAAUGUAAUCCCUAUUUCAUAGGUGAGCCGUAGAAUCUGGUACUAACUCUUAUUAACUUUUCUUUUCGGUCAUUGGUGGUGAUUCAACUUCAAUAAUCCUUCCCAGAUAGAUGUCCGAAUAUUCUAGCUGUAUCAAUCACGAUAAUUUCUCGUUUCAUCCGUUCUAUAGUUCAUUUUUUUAAUUCGUUAAAUCUACAUGCCAGACGAGAGACUAUGAUUUGCCAUAUGCUAAAGCCGUCUUAAUACCUUUUCUCUCCCCCGGGAUAAAAAAUUAAACUCUAAAUAUUACCAACAAGCAAUCUAUCUAAAGGUGAGCAGUAGCUGUAACAUUUGUCACCCUGUCUAACACAAUUUGGUAGAAGUGUUGGGCAUGAGUUUAAUUACAUCGGUUUCGAACCUCAUUGCCAUGGAAUUGUAGAGUGAAGCCCAUAAGCUUACGAGCAGCCAUAUUAUUUUUUCUUUAACUUUCUCUUUAUUUGCAAUAUUUGAUUAUAUACAGUAAAAGUUAAUAUUACUUAAUUGAGAGAAUUUGAAAAUCUUUUUAUGAAAUUUAAUGACGGCUGUGACAAAUUUGUGUCAAAAUAAACUAUUUUUGUAUUUUGAUCUAAAAAUCUAAAACUCACUUCUUGUGAAAAUGAUUUAUGAGGCUAAAUUUACUUGGUAUAAGAAGGGAAUCACUAUAAAUCCAAGUAAGUUUUUUAUAUAUAUAUGUAUAUAUAAUUUGAAUGUUUCAAGUUGUAAUUCUAUUGGGUGAAAUUGCAGUGAUGUUACAUUAGACUCCAACCUUGAAAAAACAUUUCAAAGGUCUGGCUCUGAGAUUAGGCAAAUUUGAACCUCUGUUACCGACUUGAGGAAUAUUUCAACUCCAACUCCAGCUUAAUAUAUACAAUAUAAACUAAAACCUAUGUAAAUACAACACGUGAGCAUGUCCAACAUACAAAAGUCUGGCUGCACAGACACACAUUGUGCCUAUACAUAUAUAUACUUGUAUAUAUAUUAGAAACAUUAAAUAUACAGAUUAAAGGAUUUUUCUUCAUUCUUUGUUUUCUGUAAUCCAGCAUCUGUAUUUUUUGUUCAAACCUAUAUAUGUAUAUUCAAUAUUUCAAAUUUCUAAUCAUAAAUCAUUGUUCAUGUCAGAUUUUAUAAAAAUUUUGAUUGCUCGAAAAAGGCUGAAUUUUAUGAUU